CACAAUUAUAAUAAUAAUAUAGAUUAGACUAUAGUCACAACAAAUUCUCCACGCUUUAUUUUGUAUUUUCCACAUUUGAAUCUUCUGUCCUUAAAUACAUACACCUUGUAUAUGCUUCUUCUUCAUAUUAAUCACAUCCAAGCUCUACCACGCAACCAUGAGAACCCUUUUCAUUAUAUUAUUCACCAUUAUUUCCUUCUCAACAAUUUUGCCACUAUCCAACUCUCAAAAAAAUGACACUUUUUCUACUUGCAACGAAUCAUAUUUCACAUGUGGAACAAACACAAAUGUAUCAUUUCCUUUUUGGGGAAAGAACCGACCAAAUAUUUGUGGCAAAAAUGAGUUCAAACUCACUUGCAUGCAUAACCAAAAUACUUCUGUUCAAAUUGGUUCACAAAAGUUCAAUGUACUAAACAUUAACCAAACAGCUUCUACCAUGAAAAUUGUUAGAACAAAUCUUAUCAAUGAUAUUUGUUCUUCAAAUUUCACCAACACUUCUUUGAAUGGAAGUCCAUUUACUUUUCUUCCAAAUGUUCAGAAUCUCACUGUAUUCUAUAAUUGUCCCAUUGAAAAUAGUUCAAUUAUUGGAAAAAACAUAAACAGUUUUACGUGUGAAAAUAAUGGUAGCAAUAAACAUGUUUUCUACGUGGUGAAGAAUGAAACUCAGUUACAAAACCAAUUCUCAAACCUUCAGAACUGUGGGGCUAGUGUUCAAGUGCAAGUUUCUAUGGAUGGUGUUUCUGAGAGUGGAGUUGAGGUAGUGCAAGAAGGAUUUGAUGUGAAGUAUGAUGAAGGUGCAGGGUGGUCCUCAGAGUGUGAAGUGUGUAGGGAAUCUGGAGGAACAUGUGGUACCAAUCAGAAUGAUUCUUCUCAGUUUUCUUGUUAUUGUCCUGGUGGAACUCAUGCUGCAAAUUGUUCUGCUCGCAAAAGUAGCAAAAGGACCAAAGUGUUGAAGCUGGUACUAGGUUUCGUAGGUACUGGAAUGUUACUACCUCUUAUUGCUGUCAUAAUAUGCCGAAAUAAAGCUAAGAUAUGGAAGGUUAUAAAAACACAAUUCAGCAAAAUAACAAGGAACAAUCAGCAUAUAGAAGACUUCCUUGAAAGUCAAGGUCCUCUGAAUAUAAAAAGAUACAGUUACUCUGAUAUAAAGAAAAUGACUGAAUCCUUCAAAGUUAAACUAGGAGAAGGUGGUUAUGGUUCUGUAUACAAAGGAAAAUUGCUCAAUGGUGGUUCUGUGGCUGUAAAAGUAUUGAGUGAGUCAAAAGGGUGUGGAGAAGAUUUCAUAAAUGAAGUGGCAACCAUAUGCAAAACAUCUCAUGUUAAUGUUGUCACUCUUUUAGGAUUUUGUCUUGAUGGAACCAAAAAAGCUCUCAUCUAUGAGUUUAUGUCCAAUGGUUCACUUGAAAAGUUCAUUCAAAAUCACAACAAAGAAUCCGAAAAAGCGGAAAAAACUAAGACUAGUCCUUCAUUGAGUUGGGAGAAUUUACACCAGAUUGCAAUAGGGAUAGCUCGAGGACUAGAGUACUUGCAUAAAGGGUGCAACACUAGGAUUUUUCAUUUCGACAUUAAACCACAUAACAUUCUUUUGGACGAAACUUACCGUCCCAAGAUAUCUGAUUUUGGACUUGCUAAACUAAGCACAAGCAAUGAGAGCAUUAUUUCAAUGUCAAACGCUAGAGGGACUGUUGGGUAUGUUGCUCCUGAAGUUUUCAACAAAAGUUUCGGGGGCGUUUCACAUAAGUCUGAUGUCUAUAGUUACGGAAUGAUGUUGCUAGAAAUGGUUGGUGGGCGGAAGAACGUUAACAUUGUUGAAGCUAGUCGUUCGAGCGAGUUAUAUUUUCCGCAUUUGGUGAUCUAUAAGAAGCUUGAGAAGGGAAAUGAUUUGGAACUUGAUGAUGGGGUAAUGUCUAAUGAGGAAAAUGAGAUAGCUAAGAAAUUGACUAUGGUUGGUUUGUGGUGCAUUCAAACAAUUCCUACUCAUAGACCUACAAUAAGUAAAGUGAUUGAUAUGUUGGAUGGUAGCAUGGAUUCUUUGGAAAUGCCACCAAAACCUGUAAUGUUUUCUCCUCCAAGAUCAAUACCAGAAUUUUCUACUUCAUCAAAAUCAUUGGAAAGCUUCUCUAGCUAACUAAUGGAAAUGAUGUAAGAGUUGGUUGUGUUUUUUCAAGACACCAAGGUAUAAAUAUUUUGCUUGAACUUUUCAUAUUUCACUGCAGAUACAUGGUUACAUACACAUCAUGUAUAUGAGUAUAUGUAUGUUUUCAGUUAAUCUCAGUAACUGCUUCUGCCUCUGUUCCUGUUGAUGUGCCUACGGUUGAUUUAAUUCUGGCCUUA